GAAACACCGCUGCUCUAGCUUCCUAUGCUGAUAAAAGCUUCCUAGUUCUGCUGUUGGUUCUCAUGCUGGGCUGAAAAACCGUAUUGGGGGUAAUAGUUAGGGGGUGUUUUAAAACUGGGUGCAGCGCCUCUGCUUGGAUAGGAGGAUCCUUUCAGAAGCAGAGUUUUCUCUUAUCUUUGAAGUAUCAGUCCAUGCCUGUCACAGAAGUCCCCCAUAAGGUCACCCUGAAUGAUGCGGUGCCUCCUCAUCAGCCAAGACCAACGGCAUGAUCCAAUUCAUCUGCCUGAUGGUGUGAUGGUGAUUCUUGGCAGGGGACCAAAGACCCUUAUCACUGAUAAGAAAUGUUCACGGACACAAGUGGAGUUACUGGCAAAUUAUGCCUACAGAUCUGUAAGAGUCACACAGCGGGGGAUAAACCCCACGUCAGUGGAGGAGAUACACCUGCGUUGUGGUGACAGCACGACGCUCCAGGAGGGAGAAACGCUGUGCUUAGUGAACGGACUCUACCAUUACUGCAUCCGCUUUGAGCAAGAUGCCCGCUCCCCAAAGAAAACAGUGAGGGACUACUUCAGCCCCCAGUGCCCCUUGAAGGAGGAUGACCCCACGGCCCAGCCCCCCAAGCGACCCCGAUCCUCCAGCCCUUCAGAGGAUGAAGACGACGACCCUUCUGUGGUGGAGAAACUGAGGCAGCUUCAGGAGAUGGCAGCUCAGGCAGAGCAGGGACGGCAGCCUUCCCCGCAGGCCCUCCCGAACCUGCUUCCCCAUCCUCGUGACUCCUGGGAGGACUUUGGCAAGCUCUUGGUCUUCACAAAGAAAGGGGUGACGCCAAGUGCUAAAAUUGCAGGUUUUGAUUUAGAUGGGACCAUCAUCACCACACAGUCUGGGAAAGUGUUUCCGACAGGCCCUGAUGACUGGAAAAUCCUGUACCCUGAAGUCCUCCGCAAGCUGAAGCAGCUUCUGGGCGAGGCGUACAAGGUUGUGAUUUUCACCAAUCAGCUGGGCAUCAGCCGGGGACGCCUCAGGCCUGAAGUUUUCAAAGCCAAGUUGGAGGCUGUGGUUGAGCGGCUGGCAAUCCCGGUACAGGCCUUCGUGGCAACUGGCUCUGGCAUUUACCGCAAACCAGCCUUGGGCAUGUGGGACCAUCUGUGCAAAAAGGCAAACGGUGACCUUUCGGUGUCUUUGAGCCAAAGUGUCUACGUGGGAGAUGCAGCUGGGCGUCCACCAAACUGGGCCCCUGGGCAUAAGAAGAAGGAUUUCUCAUGCAGCGACCGCCUGUUUGCUCUGAAUGCUGGCUUACCCUUCAAAACGCCUGAAGAAUAUUUCCUGGGCUGGAAAGAGGCUCCGUUUUCACUCCCCGACUUUGAUCCACGGGCACUGGACCCCAAGGCACGGCUGUACGACCCCCCAGAUGCUUCCCUGACCUCCUCCCACCCAGAGCUGGUCUUGGCGGUUGGCUUCCCUGCUGCUGGCAAAUCCACAUUUGUAAAGAAGCACUUGGUUUCAGCUGGCUAUGCCUACGCCAACAGGGACACACUUGGUUCAUGGCAGAAAUGCGUGGCUGUGUGCCAGUCGGCACUGCAGGCGGGAAAGAGUGUGGUCGUGGACAACACAAAUCCUGACUUGGAGUCGAGAUGCAGGUACAUUGACUGUGCCAAGGCACUUGGGAUUCCCUGCCGGUGUUUCCUCUUCACAGCCUCACUAGAGCAAGCCAAGCACAACAACAGAUUCCGGGAAAUGACUGAGAAGGAACAUGUCCCUGUUAACAGUAUUGUCUUGAACACUUACAAGAGUAACUAUGUAGAACCAUCGCUGGAGGAAGGUUUUACUGAAAUCAUAAAGGUCCAUUUUGUGCCUGAAUUCACAAACCCCGAACUGGAGUCCCUCUACCGUCAAUUUUCAGAAGGAUGACAGCAGUGUAGCAAAGCACCACCUCUGGGCAGUCCCAUGCAAGCUGUUUGACGUACACCCCCCUCCCGCCAGAGAAGGCAUGCUAAGGGAGGUGCUCCCCCUGCUGGUCAAAAGUGGAGUCAAGCAUUUGGACUGAAGCUGCUCAAAUUGCAGAAACAGCUAAUUUACAAGGUAUAUUUCCUCUGCAAAAAAAAAGUUUAAAAUAACAGGAAUUAAAGAUAGGAAC